CCAUUUCCUCCAUCAGAAUAGUACGACGCCAAGCCAGAGCAGCACACAAAAUAGCCUUUGGUCUUCUAAUAUUUACCUGCGCCUGCCCUUCCCCAGGGCUUCAACAUUUACUACAUUGCUCUCUUCAUCCAGAAUCCCAUCUCCAGCCACAUCAUGUCGACAGAUACCCAAUCCCUCCCGACCAGGGAGAGCACACCAAGUAUUACAAGACCCAUAUCAGAGACACAGACAUCCGAUAUCACAGCCGCCCAGGUCUACACCCGCAAUCCAUCUUGCGACAGCACAAUAGCAGCAGGGGGGGAGGAAACUGUCCCGGCAUUGCCUCAGAAGAGUGCUCUGAGGGCUUCAAGGUUGCUUGACAGCUUGGCUCAGCUCAAGAUGAGUGGGACGGUUGAGACUGCCGAGUUGGAAAAGCCGUCUCCACUUGGCGACGUCUAUCUCUCUUCCGAGGAGGAAGCUUCCUCGGACACCGACAGCCUAUCCGACUAUGUCUACGAGUCCAGCAACGAGAAGGAAGCCUCUACCGCCACAACGACCUCCCGACGAAGUAGCCGUGAAGACACUGCCCGUGUUGUUUCGGUCAUCUUUUCUGGCAGGCCCUCGAUCGUCGACCUCGCCACCCUCAGGAGGGGUUCCGCAGCGCCGAGCCUAGGGGGAGGCCACAUGAGGAAGCGGUCAAGCACAGUGUCCUGCAAUAUCCCCAUCGAGCGGACAGUCACACCAGCCAGCCCCAUGUCAGCUUUUGCGCUUCCCGAAAGGAAGAGUAGUCUUCCCAUCGAUAUGAUGCCCAUGAGGAAGCCUCACUUUCUCAACGUUGACCCGUUCGCAAACGGCAGCUCCAUCUCGCUGGAUGUUCCCAGAGCCGAUACUGCAGAGGACGUGACGAGCCCGGCGAGAUCUCCCAGGACACCAACCAUGACUCUGUUGAAGGGAGUUACGAGGACCUUCAGCCUCGUCAGGAAGAGGAGCCGUCCGGCGCUGGCGAGCCCCCAGCCACUAUCAGAGCGCACCACACCGCCUCCUUCAAGACACUCUAUGAAGCCGCCACCAUCCCGCAGCAGCAUGAUGCCGCUCUCUGUCACCACGCCUCUCCCUGAGGAAGCCCCGGAGCAGCUUGUUGUACCGGGGUCACCCGCUACCUCUGAUAAGUCGUCAAGGAAGAACUUCAGAAUGUCCACGCCAUCUGGGCCAUCCUCAUCGCCCCAGCCUCCAUCACUGCCAGAGGAUGCUUCGCCCGUCUCUCCUCUUUCUCCUACCAGCGUCCCAAGGAGAGGACUCCUCAGCGGGUUUGCGGCAAGGCGCAAGAGCAUCAAGCUGACGGGACGGAUCAACAUUGCAUAAAGCGACGCGACACGCAGCAUGUACCAAACCGAACCAGACACUGAUUUUUUUUUUUACGGCAUAUUGUAAGCAUGGCGUUUUAAAGCUUGGGGAGCGGGCACAGUCCGCAGUAUCGCAUACAACAAGAAAGAGGUUGAGUUGGGAGACCUAAAAUGGAAAAGAGACGCAGACGGGAAUGACUUGGACACACAACACACACAGAUUUUCGGAUCACAUGGCGGAGCAGAGAGAGAGGAAUUCGACAUCUGUCAUGCCUGCGCAAAAGCAUAUUCAAGCACAGCAGGCCGGCGAUUAUCUUCUUUUUUUUUUUUUUCGUUUAUUUCAUACAUAUUGAAUGGAGUUCUCGGGUCAUGGGAGGUCUUUACGCAACGUCAUCCUCGGUUGCUCUGUGUUUUUUUUCGUUCGC